UCUAGGCACCUACUGAACACCCAUGAGGAGACAGUCAGUUGCAUUUUGACUAGGAGGCCUGUGAGUCUGCGACACACAGCCUUAGCACAAGUCAGAUGAAACUUUUUCCGUUUUUCGGAAUAGUUUUGUGAUUUUCAGUAAACGAAGCUUCACUUCGAAGGGAACGCUGUUCAUUAUAUUUCGUUUCUUUUACUCGAAUUUAACAAAAACGUUUUGCGUGAAAAUGGGUAAAAUUAAGAGGCUGAAGUUGUCUAAGCAGCAGCGCACGAAGGAUCAGUCCCUGACCCAUCAGAUUAUCCAAGAUGAAACUGCGAAACCAACAACUCGCACCAAAGAACGCAAGCGCCAUGAUGUUCACGAGAAGUAUGUUGAAAGUAAUCUGUCGGAAAAGAUCCUUCGUCAGGCUCGUGAGCAACAGGAAGAGCUGGAAGAGACUGUCGGACUGGAACCUGCCCCGAAAACCUCUUCAGCCAUUUUUAAGCCGUCAACAGCGGGCAAAGCUGGCUCUGAUGCUGAGGGAGAUAUAUACGAGGACCAGGAGGAACCCGGCGAGGAUGCCAAUGAAUUCUACGAGCCCAUUAAUAUCUCAGAGGAGGAUGAGCAGGCUUUGGAGAUGUUCAUGACCAAAGAUGCGCCUGCGCGGAAAUCCCUCCAGGAGAUCUUGCGCGGGAGGCUAUCCGAGAAAAAAACUGAACUGGAAACAGCCGUAUCAGAACCAGCCAGCUUGAUUGUGCAGAAACUGCAUCCGGAACUGAUCGAACUGUACCAAGGAGUGCGAGAUGUUCUCAAGAAGUAUCGCAGCGGAAAAUUGCCUAAAGCAUUUAAAGUUAUUCCGAAAAUGCCGAAUUGGGAACAGGUUCUAUACGUGACAGAACCUGAAAAUUGGUCAGCUGCUGCUAUGUUUCAAGCCACUCGAUUAUUCGCUUCGAAUUUGAAAGAUCGACUCGCCCAGAGGUUUUAUUUUUUGGUUUUGCUUCCUCGGAUACGGGAUGAUAUCGCUGAGUACAAACGCUUAAAUUUCCAUCUGUAUCAAGCACUUCGAAAGUCUUUAUUCAAACCGGGAGCAUUUUUCAAAGGAUUUUUGUUACCACUCUGUGAGAGUGGGACCUGCACUCUUCGAGAAGCCGUGAUUGUUAGCAGCGUGAUGGCGAAAAAUUCCAUUCCCAUGUUACACUCUGCUGCUGCAAUAAUGAAAAUCGCCGAAAUGAAUUAUACCGGUGCCAACAGCGUUUUCCUCCGGACUUUACUGGAUAAAAAAUAUGCACUUCCUUGCCCAGUUAUUGAUGCUACGGUGUACCACUUUAUCAGAUUCAUGAGUGAGAAACGAAAGUUGCCUGUCCUUUGGCACCAAAGCCUUCUGACUUUUGUGCAGCGCUAUAAAGAAGAUUUGGCCAGUGAGCAGAAGGAAGGACUAAUAGAAUUGACCAGCCAUCAGUACCAUUAUCAGCUCUCACCGGAAAUUCGCCGCGAAUUGAUUAACGCAAAAAGUCGAGAUAUUGAGCAAGCUAUCCCAAUGGAAGAAUGAACUGUUGUGCGGACAUACUUACGACUGAUUGUCCAGCGGUCCACUAAUGUAUUGACUACAGUACUGAAAAUUAAAAGAACCGAUCGCUAUUAUUGCGAUGAUCCACUUGUAAAUUUACAUGACUUGUAAAAGCCAGCUGGGUGCACGGCAGCACGUUGAAACAUCCGCUUGCUUCUUGUUGUUGUCACCACUUCAACCACGGCUGUUUUGCAAACGACAAAUAUCAAGGAUUCAAGAGAUAGCUUUUGUAAUUUUGUUUCGCUUGGCUCUUUAAAAAUCA